AUGGACCACGAUACGGGUGAUCCCCCUACAAACAACCGAACCAGCAACGAGCAAUUGGAGACAGCUCAACCAAACGAAGCCACCCGAGUUAAUGGUGGUGAACAAAUCAAAUCCAAUGUACCUUCCUUCAAGGAAACACUCCUGCAGGGUGAGCAACCCACAAAACACCGAGGAUUCCACCUGGAAAAAGUUACUACUGGCCCAGGAGACGUGUCCUACUCUGUUGAAGACGGCAUGCCGACAAUUCAAUUUGUGGAUCGCGUCAUACGAAAGAUGGAACGAGCCAUGUCGUACUCGAUUGUAGUGCGACCCCUAGGGAGAAAUUUCACGUUUGCUGCUAUUGAAAAAAGAUGUAUGGCUCUGUGGAAACCGAGAGGGAAUAUUCAUCUCGUCGACUCAUUUGACGGCUAUCAUGUUAUUCGAAUGUCCCAUGAGGAAGACUACUACAAUGCCCUACUAAAUGGUCCGUGGAAAAUUGUGGACCACUAUAUCACGAUCCUCCUUGGAAGAUUGAUUUUGACCCGAGCGAGAGAAUCUAAAGGCGGUGGCAGCACUGAAUACUCUGUUGGUGAAAGAGGGAGGUACGCCCGAAUAGCGGUGGAACUGGACCUUACGAAGCCAUUGGUGGGGAAAGUUAAGCUGGACGGAAAGACAUACACUGUAGAAUAUGAAGAUUUGCGGAGAAUCUGCUUUACCUGUGGGAAGUACGGCCACACAGCUGAGGAAUGCACAGUAUAUCCGGUCAACUCCCCGGACUCUAACACGGUGGCAAACAACAACGACCCAACGACAGAGCCUAAGCCCAAUAACGGUCAUAGAGAUGUGACUGGGACAACAACAACGGUAACAUCCGACCCAGAAAAAGUGGCGCACAUCCCAAGGCAACACAACGUAACCCCCAACAUCGGCGAGUGGAGUUACGCGCAAAAGAGGGGUCGACGGCCGAUCUUCGGCGGAAAUCUUGGAGGCCACCCCAACGAAGUUUCCAGUCAGAAAGGACAAAAGGCGAAACAAAUUCAGUCGAACCCGUUUGCCCUGCUGGCUAAUCUGACACAGGAACCAUCGGCGUCUCAACCACGACCAAAUGGAAAAUCGAUGCCAGUAAGUGCUCUUCCGAUCAUUAACAACCAAUUUGACCCAUCUAUUGGUUUUUCUUCAGGUAAAGCUCCAGUGAAGAAGAAGGCCCAACCCGGAAACAGGGCAAAGGCACAGGACCCAGUGAAUGUUCCCUCCAAGAGAAAAGCGGAGAUAGUGGGCCGAGAUAAGCCAUGGGCGAAAAAGUCAGCACAAAACGACCCAAUAACACAGUUAACUAGCCCAAUGAGCCACAACGUUCCCCAAACCCAACAAGGCCAGGACCAUCAACAUGCCUAUUGCUCUCCAUCCCCUUCCCACCAACAUACCCACGCAGAACCUCCUUCCCCUGCAAUGACAAGCCAACCCACCGUCGUCACCACUGAGCAGGACCAGAUUUCUGCACCCACCGUCGAGAUAGCCAAACACACAAUAGUUAACAUCCCUCAUCCCAAUCCCAGCCGAAAACCAGAUAGCUCCACAUCUAUCAUACCCAACAACCUAGAAACCACUACAAUGGAACCAAAAUCGGGAAAACCGCCGGACCCAAAAUAUGCAUUUCACCUAAAAUCGAAGCUACAAUUCAGUGGGUCUUCAAGCGGGAAACCACCUGACCCAUCCGGGGAUCUGAUAGGGGGCGAAAAGCAAUACAGUAAUGCAAUGCUGGACCACCGUUUAGUGGCGGAAGACGCGCACUGGUCCGACGCAGACGAGGAAACUCUGCCGGACGCCGGCAGGAUGGAUAUGGUUGCUAUAUUUGAACCUAGAACUAGCGGCUCUGAUGCCGAUGCUAUUGUUAAAAAAAUAGGAAUGGCGAAUUCGCACAGGAUUGAAGCCGUUGGAUACUCGGGGAAUUUGGUUACUCAGGUGGACAACGUGUCGGUAGAAAUACUACACAACGACUGGCAAUUUCUCCAUGUUAAAGUGUUGUUUCAAGAUAACUUGUGGUGUCACUUGACCGUAGUGUAUGGCAGUCCUCAACCACUGACCAGACGUACACUAUGGGAGAAUCUUAAUGUGUUUGCAGGUACAAACUCUAUCCCAUGGAUUAUUAUGGGAGAUUUCAAUGCAUACACAUCUGAACAAGACAAAACAGGAGGAAGAAAAUCUUAUGGUUGUCGAAGGUUUAGGGAAUGGAUUGACAGGAAUGCAUUGAAUGAUCCAGGUUUCUCGGGCUCGAGGUUUACAUGGCAAAGAGGACUAGUUCACGAAAGAAUUGAUCGGGUUUUCACGAAUGACAAGUGGGAGGACUUUUUCAUGGACACAUUGGUGAAGCAUCUCCCUAGAACAGCCUCCGAUCACUCUCCAUUGCUGGUGAAAUUCAAAGCUAGAGGUGACAGGUGGCAAGGAAAGAAAUUUUUUAAGUAUUGGUCUGCCUGGGAGGCGCACGAUUUGUGGAAUGACUGGUUGGCUGAACAUUGGGACAGGCUAUCAUGUUUUCCGGUGGCUAUACAGAAGUUAACAGUCCAGCUUCAAGAGUGGAAAACUCAUGUGUUUGGUGAUCUAAACAAACAAAAGAAUAGGGUAUUAGCGCGGCUUCAAGGGUUGCAGAAGGCGUUGGCUCUCUACCAAUCCAACUCACUGCGAAGACUAGAACAGCAACUUCGUGAGGAAUACGAGACAAUUGUAACUCAGGAAGAACUGUUACGGGUCCAAAACGCUAGAGCCAUCUGGUGGACACAGGGAGACCAAAACACUCGGUACUUCCACUCUAUGCAUAAACAGAAGAAAAUAAAAAACAAGGUGAAGGCCAUCCGUCUGGGAAAUGGCAAUUGGUGCUCAGACCCGAUGGAAUUAUGUCGCCAAGCAACCUACUACUUCAGGGAAGUCUACACAGGCCCGGACUCAGCUCAAAAUACAUAUAGUAUUCGUGUCGCGGAUCACAGCAGUUUGUGGAGUAAAAUCCUGAGAACAAAAUAUAACGUGGCUCAGUGUGAGGUAUUAGAUGACAUAUCGAGAACUAAUGCAUCUCAUUUGUGGAGAAGCAUUGCUACAGUUUGGGGUGAACUAUCUAGGGCAGUGAAAUGGGUGGUUGGGAAUGGAGAAGUGGUCAAAUUUUGGCAGGACAAUUGGGUCGAUUAUAAUGUAGGGCCUUUAUAUCACUUGGCUAUAUCCCCAAUCCCUCCAUCUCUGUGGAACAAACGAGUGGCUGAAUUGUUAACCCCGUCGGGUUCAUGGAAUUGGAGUCUUAUAUCUCCUUUCUUGACGCCGGAAAUUACAGACAGAUUAAGGGCAAUCCCUCCACCGCAAAGAAACUCGACCAAAGACCAUGUCGUCUGGGGGCUGACUGAAUCCGGGAGGUUCUCAACAACAACAGCUUACACGCUUCUUAUGCAAGGGAGAUGGGAAGAAGCAGAUAGAGGCUGGACCUUAAUCUGGAAGUGGUGUGGUCCGGAGAGAGUCCGUAUUUUCUUGUGGCUAUUAUACAGGAAGGCUCUAAGGGUGAAUUCGGAGAGGAUGAGAAGACAUUUGACAAACGACGCAGCCUGUCAUAUAUGUGGAGAAGAGGAAUCCCUGUUCCACCUCUUCAGAGACUGCUACCGCAGCAAGGAGAUUUGGCGUGGCUGCAACAACAACUUGGGCGCCGAUUUUUGGUUAGGUUCGGAUUGGAAUGAAUGGAUUAUCUGUAACUUGAAGUCGUCUGUUUUGCAGGAAGGUGCUGCUUGGCCAACAUGGUUCGCAAUCACGUGCUGGAGACUGUGGACUUCCAGGAACAAGGAAGUAUUUGGGGACGAGAUUGUGGAGGAAGGCUCCUUAAAAUGUCUCAUAAAAGCGACCGUGAAGGAAAUCACUAGAUCGAACCGGAUCUUUGCCCAGAGUCAAGGCCGAAGUCAUCUCCUUUUGCAAGUACAACACUGGCGCCCUCCACCCCAUAACUCAGUUAAAAUAAAUACUGAUGGGGCCAGGUCCGAAACCGUGAAAAAAUCAGCAGCGGGGGGAGUUCUUAGAACAUGUCAUGGUGAGUGGAUAAUGGGAUUUGCAGCAAAUCUGGGAUUCUGCAGUACGCUAGAAGCUGAAUUUUGGGGGGCAUAUUUCGGCCUCCAAAUUGCUUGGGAACUCGGCUUUCGUAAUGUCAUUUUGGAGUUGGACAGCGUAGCAGCGGUCCAAUUCUUAUCGGAUACAGAUAUUGUCACUGUAAAUAGUAAUAUCUUUUGUAGAAUCAGAGGUUUGCUAAACCUCAGAUGGCAGGUAACUAUAGUUCAUGCCAGUAGAAGUCAAAAUCGUGUGGCGGACGAGUUGGCAAAACUUGGCUUUUUGUGUCCUUAUGGAAGGCAAGUUUUGCCAACACCUCCAUCCCAAAUCUUAGAGCUUUUGGAAAGUGAAGCUGUCGAGACAUCCCAGUAUUAG